AUGGCACCAACAGCACUCUCUAAUCGUUUCAUCAACAUAGUUGCUGCUGCUCACUCAGCGGUUGGCAAUGAAGAGAACAUAGUUACACAAAACGCGGGAUCUGGAAAAAUUGGCCAUUACGUGUUGAUCCCAAAUGCUUAUUUGAUUGAAUUCGACCGAAAUAAAGGCACCAAAAACUUUCAGCAAACUAUUGCUGAGUCCUUGGAAAGAUUUCAUGGAAUUCCUCGAUCGGCCAUCACAAUGCGUCAAAUGAUUUCCUCAUCACUAUUCAUGGGAGCUUCAUUCUCCGUGAAUAGCGAACAUUCUAUGAAAAUGAUCGAAUCAAUUCCAGAUGUUAUUGCUAUUUAUCCGAUUUACUCUGUUCCAGGUCCGACACCGUUGGAGGCGUACAUCCCAUCUGAAAGAAGCGACGAUGGCAAACAAGACAAUCUAGUUAUUUCACAUGAUUUGACAGGUGUCGCUCGGAUUCACGAUCAGUUGAAAAACUUUGGCAAAGGUGUUCGAGUAGCUGUUAUUGACACUGGUAUCGACUAUCUGCAUCCUGCUCUGGGAGGAUGCUUUGGACCACAAUGUAAAGUUGCAUUUGGUUAUGAUUUUGUUGGUGAUGACUUCAAUCAAUCGAACCUCAAUCCAAUUCCGGACGAAGAUCCACUCGAUAAUUGUUCUACGAGCGCCCAUGGCACGCAUGUUGCUGGAAUUGUUGCUGCCAAUGCAACAGAAAUGACUCAAACAGGCUUUAUUCCUUUUCAAUCUUUUCUCGGUGUCGCUCCUCAAGCUACUCUUGGAGGAUACCGUAUCUUCGGAUGCGCUGGAGACACUGCUACCACAGACGUCAUGACUGCAGCAAUAUAUCGAGCCUUCGACGAUAAAGCCGAUAUAAUCACUAUGUCUGUUGGGGGUGCUGGUGCUUACACAGAAAGUUCGGAUGCGAUCGCUGCUCAACGCGUAUCGGAAAAAGGAGUAUAUAUUACGUUUUCGUUUGGCAACGACGGAAGCCAAGGUCUUCAAACAGGUGGAAAUCCAUCCAUUUCUUCAGGCGCAAUGGCCGUUGCUUCAGUAGACAACUUGCAUGCGGCCCAAUUCUAUAUGAUUACCCCCAAUAAUGAGAGAAUUUUCUACUUAGCCGGCACUGCUUUUGGUGGAUGGCAAUCAAAUGUACAAUCGAAGAUCGUCGUCAAUAAUCCACCAGGUACGCCGAAUGAUGGUUGCCGCAGUCCAACUCUAAACGUGACGGGUGCAGUAGUUUUGUACGCUUUUAACAAUGGUGACGAGUGUGGUUCCGCUGUUCGAUGUAAUUUAGCGGCGCAAGCUGGAGCAACGGGCUGUCUCAUAUACAAUGUCGGUGCAAUCGCAGGUUCAUCCACUAUCCCGAGUGGAAGCAUUAGUAUGGCAGAUGGCUUGAAGAUUAUCGCAAUUGUGACAAACAACCCGUCAGCUAUAUUUACGUUCACGAAUUCGCAAGGACUUGCUCCCAUUUCGACAGGAGGAACCCCUUCAAGUUUCACGUCAAUCGGUCUCACUGGCGACUUGCUGUUUAAACCCCAAAUUAGUGGCAUCGGUGGCUAUGUUUACUCGACUAUUUCAUCCUUUGCUGCCGAGAAACAAAGAACUUCGAAUGCAUAUGCUACCCUAUCUGGUACAAGUAUGGCAACGCCGUAUGUUGCAGGAACUUUGGCACUCUAUCUUGCACAUAUUGGUAAUCCUGGCCCAGAAACAGUGAGUAAUGGAUGUCAGACAAAUUGUCGUCCGUCGUUCGAAAAAGUUGUCAAUUUAUUCCAAUCAAAUGCCAUGCCAGUGAAUAUUUACAGCACAUCUCUUCUUGCCUCUGUUGCCCAACAAGGUGCCGGACUGGUCAAUGUUUUCCAAGCCAUCCAGGCCACGACUUCAAUUUCACCCAGUCAACUCGCAUUGAAUGACACACUGAGACAAGACACAUCGUACACUAUUGAAGUGUUUAAUUUGGGCAACAAAACAGCCGUAUACAAUAUCGCCCAUUCCGGAGCUGCAUUGGCUACUGGGUUACAGAAAGGAAGUGACCAGCUUUUGGGCCAACCGAUCUAUUCAGCUGACUAUGCUAUUGUCGAUAUCCAGCCAACUACCAUUGAACUUGAUCCUGGAAAAUCAGGUAUGAUUACUCUUCGAUUUCAAGCACCUUGCAAUGCCAACGCGGCUCUUCUUCCCAUCUUCUCGGGCUUUAUCAAUAUUACAAAUAAUGUGAAUGACCAAGUUGCUCAUAUUCCAUGUGAGUAUUCAUAA